AUGGCUGACGACGAGCUGAGCGCCCGAGCCUCCAAAAAGGGAAGUUUGUCACCCAGCGGCUCCCGGGGCGGCGCGACCGCGUCGAGCACGCUGCUGCAGGAGCUGAGGAGCACCAUCUCGCGGUACUGCGAUAACCUCUGCUGCCGCCCUCUGAGCGCCGCCAAUUUUGGCAAGAUCAUCCGGGAGAUCUUCCCGAACAUCAAAGCCCGACGGCUGGGAGGCCGAGGACAGUCGAAGUACUGCUACAGCGGGAUCCGGAGGAAGACGGUGGUCAGCCUGCCGCCCCUGCCCAGCCUGGACCUCAAAGUGACCGAGACCCAGUCGGAGCUGACGGACCUGGUGCAGUCCUACAACAGCGAGGUGAUGGAGGCGGCCUGCGCCCUGACCUGCGACUGGGCCGAGAAGAUCCUCAAGCGCUCCUUCAACAACAUCGUGGAGGUGGCCCAGUUCCUCAUCCAGCAGCACAUCAUCAGCUCCCGCUCGGCACGCGCCGACCUGGUCAUGGCCAUGGUGGUCUCAGAGAGCACGGAGAAGAUCCACCGCGAGAGUCGGCCCCCACUGACAGCGAAGAAGAACGGCCUGGACGCCCCCGAGAGCGGCGAGAGGAGCCAGGGGCAGUUGCGAGCUCUGGCCGGUCGGCUCCUCUCCGGUGCGGAGCCGGCGCGCGCCCCUCCGGGCAUGGCCGGCCGGCUGACGGCGGCGAAAGGAUCGGGGAGUUUGGGCUGGCGGUGGGAGCGGCUCUGCUCGCGGUGA